GAGACACAGAGACACGGAGACACACAGACACACAGAGACACACGGAGACAGAGAGAGAGACACCCGCCACUCCAGCAGAGACGGCACUGUAAAUCCUCUCGCUCGUAAUCUGCAGCGAGCGACGGCGUUCUGACUUUAACUCGACGGCGCAUUCACUCGACGUAUAUUCCUAACCACGGCAAACAACAACACGUUUAAAACUCGACGGUAAGGUUGUAACCUCGACAGUUUUGUGAGUUUUAACACGACACAGGAGAAAUCUCGAGCGGUAACAAUCAACACACCCCCCCACAUAAAAAGGGCGGGAAAAAAAUUCGGCGCGGGCGACUGACUUCGAGUCGCAUCAACAACAACAACAAACAAAACAAACGAAAACAAACAAACAAACGUCGGUCCAUCUUCCUCGACGUCCUCCGGCCGGACCUGCGAUGGCUUUCAUGAUCAAGUCGAUGGUCGGAGGGCAGCUGAAGAACCUGACGGGAGGAGGGAGCAGCGAGGAGCCGAAGGCGUCGGAGGGAGAGGCGACGCCCGCCGAGGCGCAGGGGAUGACGCGGGAGGAGUUCGACGAGUACCAGAAGCAGGUGGUGGAGGAGAAGAUGGAGAGGGAUGCGAUGUAUGCGUCCAAGAAGGCCGGGAGGGCGACGGUUCGCGUGGAGCUCCGGAAGAAAUACAGACUACCUAAGAGCGAGCAGGACGAGGCUCAGAUCACGAUGGCAGGCGACGACGUGGAGCUGCCCGACGAGCUCACCCGCAUGGUUCGCCAGGACGAAGAGGAGGAGGAGGACAAGGAGUCGUUCGCGGCGCGCCUGCAGAGCCUCCAGGAGAUGGACAUCGACACCAUCAAGGAGAAGGCCCAGGAGACCUUCAACGAGCUCAAGACCUCGGUGGCCGAGCACAAGUGCCGCGUCAUGUAAAAAUAAAAUUGAGGAGGGGGGGGGUCGUGCCGGGUUUAGCCGAGGAGUUUUGCGCCCCCCCCCACCUCGUGGUUUCGAAACGCCGCCCCCCACCCCCCAUCCCUCCCACCUAC